AUGAGUUAUUCCAACAACAAAUAUCCACCGCCUGAAUAUCCUCCUCCGGGCGGCCAACAAUACGACAAUGGCGGUAACAACAACUACAACAAUCACGAUGACACCUAUUAUGUGCAACCUGACUUGGAAAAUGUAGACAAUGAAAAGCCACAACCUUCACAAGACUUUGACCAGAGCUUCAAAAUUGAAAAGCCACGAUUGAACGAUUGGCCAUUCACCAUUUUCUUUUUGCUAGUUGUUGCUGGAUUCAUUGCUGUUGCAGGUAUAACUUUGAAUGCGUUGAGGAAGACAUAUUCGGACCAAGGAUCAGGAAUUUAUGGCUCAUCCAACUCAUUCACCGUUAAUAGAAACACCGUUAUUCUUUUUGCGUUUGUUAUAGUCUUAUCAAUAGUCAUGGCUGCAUUGGGGCUUCUAUUCAUACGAGCAUUUGCAAAACAGUUCAUCUAUGUUGCCUGUGUUUUGAAUGUUGUACUAUCUGUUGGGACUGCAAUUUUCUACUUUGUUGAGCAUUACUACAGUGCUGCAAUUGUGUUUUUGAUAUUUGGAUUGUUUGCCGCGUAUUGCUACUGGAGAUCGAGAAACAGAAUUCCCCUCAGUGCAACCAUUUUACGAAUUGUCAUUGACGUGAUGAAACAAUAUCCGUCAACCUUGGUCACAGCAUUUUUUGGACUCGUGAUUAGCGCUGGAUUUGGUAUAUUGUUUAGUGUUGUGAUUGUGGCUACUUAUGUCAAGUAUAAGCCUAAUGCUGACAAUACGGCUUUUGAAGGUGGAGGAGGUUCAUGUAGUCAAGGAAAAUUAGUUGGUGUUCUUAUAUUUGUCUUCUUUGCUGGUUACUACAUAUCCGAGGUGAUCAAGAACGUUAUUCAUGUUGUCAUUUCUGGAAUUUAUGGAACAUGGUACUACUUGUCCAAUUCAGACCAAGGAGCUCCAAGACAUCCAGCAUUAUCCUCGUUGAAGAGAGCUUUGACUUACUGUUUUGGAUCAAUCUGUUUUGGUUCAUUGAUUGUGGCUUUUAUUCAAUUGGUGAGACAAUUGCUCAACAUUGUGAGAUCACAAUUUGUUGAUUCAUUCGCUGGCCAAUGUGCUUUAAUUAUCGUUGAUUUCAUAGUUGGUUUCAUUGACUGGUUGGUCCAAUACUUCAACAGAUAUGCAUAUUCAUACGUUGCACUUUAUGGAAAGCCAUAUAUUCGCUCAGCAAAGGACACUUUUGAUAUGUUUAGAUUCAAAGGUAUGGACGCAUUGGUGAAUGACAUGUUCAUUAAUGUGGCAUUAAACUUUUACUCGUUAUUUGUUGCUUAUUUGUCGUCGUUGUUGGCAUACCUUUACCUCAAAUUUACUAAACCUGGGUACAAUGAUAAUGGUAAUUACUAUGCCCCUAUCGUGGCAUUUACUUUUUUGAUUUCCAUGCAAAUUGCUAGCAUCACUUUGAGUGUUAUUGGCUCAGGUGUCGCCACAUUCUUUGUAUGUUUGAGUAAGGAUCCCGAAGUUUUGCAAAUGCUGCAAAGAGACGAAUUGUUUAACGAAAUUCAAAGAAACUAUCCACAAGUGUAUGAAAAGAUUAAUACUAAUCAUUAG